AUGGUUGGGGGCCAGGGGAGGGUUUUGGACAGAGCUUAUAAAGGAUGCGUGCCCCACUCGAGCGACCCCAAAUCAGCCAUCUCAGCCCAGCACCCAUCUACCAAGCAAGUAAACCGUCCUCCACCGCCAGGGAGUGGCAUCUUCGUCGCCAUCGGGAAUCGCGCAAGGCACAGAAGGGUCGCGCCCAUUCUGCCUGUCAUGAUGGCGGAGGAGUCUGGCAUCGACCGAACUGCCGCGGCCAGAACGGCAGACCGCCGCAGGCUCAGCGGCCGCGUGGGGAUACCCAGCAUGGUUGACCUUCCCCUGGUCACGCGGCCCGUGAGCGGGGACUGGCAUGGCGGUCUGCGGGAAGGUAGGGGCGGCGUGAGACCGCUCAUGGCACAGCAUCCGGACCCCGAGGCCCGGUGCGGGCCAUGGAGGCGGGAUGGUGGGGCACCCGGGGACGACGCCGGCUUGGCGCGCUGGCGCGGUCAGAACGGAAGGGCCCCCUACUGGAGAGGCUCCUGCGAACCGAGAGGCGGCGGUGGCCGGGGCAGGGGCAGAGGGUGGCGCGAAGCCGCCGAGGUCCGGGAGGGCCGGCCGCAACGUCCGGAGGGCCGAGCUGAGCUAGAUCUUGUUAGGGGGCGGGCCGGCAGCCAGCCUAGGCGCGGAGGGUCGCGCGUCCAGCACGGAGAGAGCGACGGUAGGGGUCGGCGGAACAGCUCGUCCGUGCCGCGAGAGCCACAGGCCGAGCUGGAGGAGCGUCCCCUGAGCUUCAAGGCCCUAGAGGCAUUUCUGGAGGUGGAGCCGUGGGAGAUUGCACUGCGCCUGAGCACGCCACGCUCGGGUCUGAGGCCGCUGCUCAAGUUGGAGGACAUCCGGAAGGAUUUUCUGGAACUGCUUAUCAGGGUCGUCGGCAGGGCCAGCACGUCCAAAACCAACCGAGAGAGCCACCAUUGCCUCGUGGGACUCGUGAAGGACUCCAAGUUCUUGAAGCUCGUGCUGCCCAUUUUCAUCACCUCCAUGCCGGAGGAGAGCUCACGGGCGCGCACCGCCCUCUACCCGGUGCUGGUCUCCUCCAUGCUGGACAUAGCCAGCGCGCUGCUCGCCGUCUUCCCCAAUAGCUCCAUCGCUGAGGCGUCGUUGCUGCUCACGCUGCUCAACGCCACCGUGACGGCGCUGUGCCACGGCGGCGAUCGCUCCCUCGAGGAUUCCGAGGGGCGGCUGCGGGACCUGCAGCGGCAGGUGCAGGCGCGGCAGGAGCGGCGACGCGAGGGCUUGGCCAUCGCGCAUGGCCUGGACUCGCAACCGCCCGAGAACUUCCGGGAGCUGCCACUCUACCCGUCGUACGCCGACAUCCGCCCUGACCGCAAGCCCUUCGUGCGGCCCAACAUCGUGUGCGGGCGCUACCCGGACGCGGCCACCUACCUGGAUGUGCAGUUCCGGCUGUUGCGUGAGGACUUCAUGAGGCCGCUGCGUGAGGGCAUUGCUGAGGUGCUGGGCGCGACGGCCGUGGGCGGUGCGCGUGCCUUCCACGGCCGCUUCAACGACGUGCGCGUGUACCCGGGUGCGAGCGUGGUGGCGCCCAUCUGCACGCCGCAGGGCCUGGUACACAGCGUGCGCUUUGACGCGGCGGCACUGCGCAACGUGCGCUGGGAGAACUCCAAGCGGCUGCUGUUCGGCUCGCUUGUGUGCCUGUCAAGCGACGGCUUUGCCACCAUGCUCUUUGGCACGGUGGCCGAGCGCUCCGCUGAGGACCUGCGCAGGGGCUUCGUCUGCGUGGCGUUCGCGCCCGAGAGCAGGGGGUUGCUGCGGGCCAUCGGGCCGCGCGAGUGCUUCCUCAUGGCCGAGAGCACGUCGUACUUCGAGGCGUUCCGCUACGUCCUGGAGGGCCUCAAGGAGGUGGACGAGAACGAGCUGCCCUUCAGCCGCUACCUGGUGGACUGCGAGAAGGUGGUGGAGGCGCCCUGGUAUCUUAGGGAUCCGCUGCUGGCGCGGAGCCCCAGCUACGACUUCUCGUGCCUGCUGCUGGAUCACCACGCGACGGCCCAGGUGCAGGUCGUGGCCCCCGCUCUGCGGCCCAAGUGGUGGCCCACCAAGGAGGAAAUGGGGCUCGAUGAGUCUCAGAUGGAGGCCCUGGUGGUCGCCGUGACCCAGGAGCUCUCCAUCAUCCAGGGACCGCCCGGCACUGGAAAGACCUACGUGGGCCUCAAGAUUGCCGAGCUGCUGCUGAACAACAAGGCUGCGUGGAACCAAGUUGACCCGGGUCCCAUCUUGGUCGUCUGCUACACCAACCACGCCCUGGACCAGUUCCUCGAAGGAAUCACAAAGAUGUUGUCCACGGACGGCGUGGUGCGAGUGGGCGGCCGCUGCUCACGAGAUUCCCUGGAGAGCUGCACGCUGAGGAAGCUGCGCAUGAAGCAUCGCGACGACAAGCCGGCGUACCUCCGCAGACUCUUCUACGAGGUGAAGACCGAGAUGGCCCAAUGCCAGCAGAUGCUGGAAAAAAAGACGGCGCAGCUGAUGGCCACUCACUUGGGCAUCCUCAGAGACUCGGUGCUGAUGUGCCAUGUCGACAGAGAGCACUGGGAGCAGCUGGAGCAGGUCGUGAAGCAGUGCAUGAAGCAGAUGGUGAUGGGAAGCAAGCGCGUGUCAUACAUCAUGGAGUGGCUCGGCCUCGGAUUCUCAGAGAUCGGAGCGCAGCAACUCCCAGGCAUGCACGGAGGGGCACAGCCAGGACAAGAUGAGGAGGAGCUGGAGGAUUUGCUGGAGGAGCUGGAGGAGGAGCUGGAGGAAGAGCUGGUGGGGAACCGCAUGAUAGAAGAGGACCGCACGCAGCACGAGAAGAUUGCGGAGCGGCGCCGCGCCAUGAACGAGCUCCACCGACAGUUCGUCGCCUUCAGCGUCGAGGACCGUGGGGCUGGAGAGGAGGGGGAGGGGGAGGAGGAGGGGGGCAGGUGGCAGAGCACCAUGAGCAAGCGGAACAUGAAAAGGAUGGUGACGAGCGAGCUGAAAAAGGCGGCCUUCACGUCUGACGAGGAGGAGAAACAAGUCCAGAACGUCUGGCACCUGGCGAUGGCAGAGCGGUGGCGUUUGUACCGGCUGUGGGUGACCAGGUACCAGACGAGCAUCCGGGACACGAUCGCGGCCGAGGAGGACCGGUACCAGAGGCUGGCGGACCAACUGUCAGAGGUGCGGGACGAAGAGGACCACGGCAUCCUGAAGGAGGCCACUGUCAUCGGCAUGACCACGACAGGGGCCGCCAAGUUCCGGGGAAUCCUGCAGAAGGUGCGGCCCAAGAUCGUCAUCGUGGAGGAAGCGGCCGAGGUCCUGGAAGCUCACAUCAUCACCACGCUGAGUAGCGCCUGCAAGCAUCUCAUCCUCAUUGGGGAUCAUCAGCAGCUGCGGCCGAGCGCCAGUGUGUACGAGCUUGCCAAGCGCUACAACCUGGAGGUGUCGCUCUUUGAGCGCCUCGUCAAGAACAGCGUCCCCUUCGCCCGGCUUAGCAUCCAGCACCGCAUGCGGCCGGAGAUCGCGAAGCUGCUGGUGCCGCACAUUUACGAUCGUCUGGAGAACCACCCGUCCGUCCUGGAGUACGAGAACGUGAAGGGCGUCGCCACGAACCUGUACUUCGUGCAGCACUCUCACGCGGAGGUGGAGGUGAAGGACACCAAGAGCCGGCAGAACCUGCACGAGGCGGACUUCGUGGUCGCGCUCUGCAAGCACCUUCUGCUGCAGGGCUAUGCGCAGGAGCGCAUCACCGUGCUCACCACCUACACGGGCCAGCUGCUGGCGCUGCGCAAGCGCUUGCCGCGCGAUCGCUACGGCGGCGUGCGCGUGUGCGUCGUGGACAAGUACCAGGGCGAGGAGAACGACCUGGUGCUGUUGUCCCUCGUGCGCAGCAACGCCCUGGGCCAGACGGGCUUCCUAAACAUCGACAACCGCGUGUGCGUGGCGCUGUCGCGCGCGCGCAUCGGCUUCUUCAUCGUGGGCGACGCAACGAUGCUGUCGGCGGUGCCCCUCUGGAAAAGCGUGAUCGGCGAGCUGCGCGCCGGCGGGCGCAUCGGCCCCGCGCUCAUGCUGCGCUGCCAAAACCACCCGGAGCGCGAGGCAGCGGUGGUGACCGCCAAGGACUUUGCACGGGCACCCGAGGGUGGAUGCGAGCUGCUGUGCGAGUUCCGGCUGGACUGCGGGCACGUGUGCACACGCAGCUGCCACGCGGAGGACCCCGAGCACAAGAAGUUCGAGUGCCAGAAGCCGUGCAGCCGCACGAUCUGCGAGCUCGGGCACCGGUGCCGCAAGGUUUGCCACGAACAGUGCGGGAAGUGCACGGAGCUCGUGGCCAAGACGAUGGCGGCGUGCGGGCACGAGCAGAUGAUGCAGUGUCACGUAGACACAGCGCGCUUCUCCUGCCGGGUGCCGUGCCCAAAGCCGCAGGCGUGCGGCCACGCAUGCCCCCGUCCCUGCGGCCAGGAUUGCCCAGCCUCGUGCGCGGUGCUGGUGAAAGAGAGGCAGGCGUGCGGGCACGAGUGUGACGUGCCGUGCGGUCGCAGGCACGAGCCUAGGCCGUGCCAGGCACGCUGCCAGACGGCGCUGGCUUGUGGCCACGCGUGCCACGGGAACUGCCGGUGGUGCAAGAACGGGCGGUGGCAUGCAGCGUGCGGGGAAGCGUGCGAGCGCUCGCUGCCCUGCUCGCACCAGUGCACCGCGCCAUGCGCGGCGCGUGGCUGCCCCCCGUGCGCGCUGCGCUGCCGUAACCGCUGCGUGCACAGCGCGUGCGCGCGGCCGUGCGGCCAGCCGUGCAUGCCGUGUGCCGAACCGUGCGAGUGGCGCUGCGAGCACCACAUUUGCCGGCGACUGUGCUACGAGGAAUGCGACCGCCCGCGCUGCGACAAGCCUUGCCGCCGCCGCCUGCCGUGCGGCCACGCGUGCGUGGGCUACUGCGGGGAGCCGUGCCCCUCCAAGUGCCGCAUUUGCCACGCCGCCGAGGUCACUGAGAUAUUCUUCGGGAACGAGGACGAGCCGUCCGCGCGCUUCGUCGAGCUGGAGGACUGCGAGCACCUCGUCGAGGGCACGGGACUCGACCGGUGGAUGGAGACCAGCGACGACGGCGGCGGCGGGGGCGCGGACGACGGCGGAGAGACGCCCGUUGUCGUGAAGCUCAAGGAGUGCCCCAAGUGCAAGACGCCGAUCCGGCGGAACCUGCGCUACGGCAACAUCAUCAAGCGCACGCUCGGGGACAUCGAGGCCGUGAAGCGCAAGCUGUGGGGCAGCGACGAGGAGAUCGCGCAGGCGAAGAACCGCGUGCGGGAGAUCCUUGCGAAGGUGAACCCCAAACCGCUGCCCGCGUCGCCGCUGCGCGCGAUGCUCAACUUCCGCUACCUGCUCCUCAGGGACAGGACGACGGUGUCCGAGUGGAAUAUCCCGACGAAUUUUCUGAGUGCGCUGCUGGCGGGAGAGCUAAACCUCCUGCAGGUGAACACUCUGGAGAACAAAGCCACGCUACUGGCGGACAUCGCCAAGCUGAGGCCGGAGCUGUCGAAGAUCAGUACAGAGAGGACGGAGGUAGUCAAGGAUGCCCUCGACAAGCUGGUGGAGUGGAUGUGCGAGCAGCAGAUGGCCGGGCUGACGGAGCAGCAGCUGCAGGACCUGCAGACAGAGACGCUGCGUCUGAGCUUCCUCAUCAAGGUGCAGGCGGGCAUGAGCGUCGCCAGUAGUGUGGCCAAGGUGUCCGACGCAGCAAUUGCGAUCAGCGAAGAGAUCAUGAAAACUCUCACGAACAAGCGGAGGUUCGGGCCCGAGCAGGAGAAGGAGGUGCGCCGGCUCGCCGAGAGCCUCCAGGAGAAGCUGCCCAAGAGCGGCCUCGGCAUCUCGGACUCGGAGCGCGCGUCCAUCGUGAAGGCCAUCGGCCUGAAGCCAGGCCACUGGUACAAGUGCCCCCGCGGCCACGUGUACGCUAUCGGUGAGUGUGGCGGCGCCAUGGAGAAAGGAACGUGCCCCGAGUGCGGCGAGCAAAUUGGCGGGGAGCACCACAGCCUGCAGGCCGGCAACGCGGUCGCCACGGAGAUGGAUGGCGCGCGGCACGCCGCCUGGUCGGACACCGCCAACAACAUGUUCAACUACGACCAGCUGCCCGAUUUUGUGUGACGCGUCACGGGACCAGGAACUGCGGUGUAGAGCCGGCGUACGGGAGGUGGGGGGGUCGGGUAAACUCGCCGAUGCGUGUUCGUUGUGGUCGUACAGCGUAAAGGCCGUAAUUAAAAUAUAUUUUGGAGGGAACACAUCCCCCCCAAUAUUCAAAUAUGCUAAAAAUAUCCCCCCCAAUAUAUUGAAGCCGAUUCUCGACUGCUGUGGGUAGGUACAAUCAAUGUCAAACACUGUACUGUCUCUCCAUUUCAUUCCUUUAAAAUGUAUUAAAAAGUGGAAAACUAGAAUGUAAUGAGUGUUACAUAGGCUACAUCACUAUCGAGUGGAAACAAACGUUUUUAGUGAAAACGGGCCAAUGUCCGAUUGCCAAUCAACCAUCACUAACGUCAGCUAUCAUAGUUAAGUAAAUUACUUGGAAAGUUGAUUAGCCACACAUUCACCCAACGACCAACAAUGGCGCUCACGGGCGUAUUCAACUAACGUGAAUGUCUUUAUUACGCUAUAUUUGUCAGAAAGCCCAUGUGAAGUCGGAGUAAAGUGUCAAUCAUGUAUGUUUCGCUGCAUGUGUAAUAUACAUUUGUAGACAGUAGCUUUCAUUUAUUGCAUAUUCGUAUAGUAUAGUGUAUAGCUAUACUUGCUUAUGUGUUUCUUUGAUUAAAGUGCAAGCAGUUUUAUAACAUUCAGCUUCCAUUCACAGUGAGUGUCAUCAUGAGCAAUUGGAAGGGUGGCAGUGACAUUCGUCAGUUUUUGGGCUGCUUCAGAAAAGAAGAAAAGUAAGUUGAGAGAAGUGAGAAAAUGAGUACCAGUCAGAUUAUAGUGGGUUUGACUGAAGCGCACACUCAACUUGGAGGCAACACUUUAUUAACGCAUAACAACCAACUGGAGCAUUAUACGCAGGGUGGUGAUCACCGUUCCUAAUCUCACUAACACUCGGGGAAUACUACACAGCAUGACCCGGGCAGGUAACGGGCUGCCGGCUCUAAAGAAAGUUAUCUCUGGUGUGGACCAAUCCGUGUCAAAGACAAUGCAUAAAUUAUCAGAGUAUUGUUUUUUGUUUGCAUUUGACUGCAAGUAUUGUAGUUAAUGUAAGCAUGAUUCCCUGCAAAAGGUGUCAGUUUUGUUGCCAGAAAAAAAGGGGAAAAAUCCUAUUAGUAUAUUUUGGUACUGGCAAAGGAGGUCCCAUGAUGUAAACCACUUUGUUGAGCUAUUAUUUGUUGCCAAGUUGCUUCUGAAAAAGAGCUACAUAGCUCGGUGUGCUUUAUUGAAGUGUUGCUUGCCUAGUGUUUAAAAUGCACAUUUUAUGACGUUAAGAAAAAGGGCUUGUUGGCAUGCGGGAGUGUGGUGUUGUUAAUCUCACACUUUCUGUGCUGUGUUGAGGGAAAUGGUAUCAUGGCUACAGAGGACUGGAAUAGCAAAACAGCCAAAAAAUGUGAAAUAACUGAAAAGUACAUGGCCAGCUGCUUCACAGGGUGCCUUAAAGACCCCUUGGUGGUGUUUUUGUUCGGAACAGAGCCAGGCCAUGCGUAAUGGGCACAUUUUUACUAAUUUAGCUGCACAUUUACGUUAUUUGGUGAAACCGCAGAGCAACAUCACCCCCCGUACUGGCAAACUUUACCCAUCCGUAAAACGUGGGCGCCUUCGUGGUGGCUAUGCAAAUGGCGCAGAUGCCGAUAACGAAUGUACGCGCUGUUAUAUUGCAUUAUUUUGCAGUAACUCGACCAGCGAUGGCACAGGGGUCGGUAACCAAAAUAAUAAGGGCCAUUUUUUUCCCAAUUUGGUAAAAAAAAAAAACUAAAUAUUUCACGAGCCGCACAGCAGUCCUUGAAGAACCGCAUGCGGCUCCGGAGUUGCAGGUUGCCGACCCCUGAGCUCGCACUUGUUCAAAGCAAAUUGACGUCAGUGCCUUCGGAGAUGUUGCGCUUUUUGGGGUUGUAUUAUUUCAUUGUUUGCAAAAAAAAUUAACGCCGUAGGUUUUCGUAGCUGAUUUUAAUCCCAAAUGCUUUUCCGGGUUGUUUUUUUCCGGACGGGUCUGCGUGUCGAGGAAUUUCUUCUCUUAAAGCUUCCGCCAUGCACUACUGUGCAAACUCAACACACAGACCAACCGGGAAAUCCACAGUUCGCAAACUGGUUUAAUAAAAUUGCUAAAUCUCACAUUGAGCCUAUUAGUGUCACUUAAUAUAUGCAUACUGUAUGUGCACCGUAUAACUAUGCAUGUAUGUUGAACCUCUUUUCGUACCGUACGUAGCCAACUGUGCUGAUCAGAGGUGCGGGGGAAGGACAAUAAAAUAAACACUA